CUGCUCAAGGCCUCACUUGGCCUCCUGACAUCCGGCACUCACCCUACAAUUGUCUCCGACUCCCUCCACAAGAUCUCGAUCAAAGCCGUCGAAAUAUUAUCAGCUAUGGCGCUCCCCGUCGAGCUCUCUGAUCGCGAGUCGCUCGUCAAAUCCGCCUCCACGUCGCUCAACUCGAAGGUAAUCUCUCAGUACUCCUCUCUUCUGGCACCUCUGGCCGUUGAUGCCGUGCUUUCUCUGGUGGACCCUCAGAAGCCCGAUUUAGUGGACUUGAAAGAUAUUACAGUUGUGAAAAAAUUGGGCGGGACUGUGGAUGACACUGAACUGGUAAAGGGGCUCGUUUUCGAUAAGAAGGCGAGCCAUGCUGCGGGUGGUCCCACCAGGGUUGAAAACGCUAAGAUAGCUGUUUUACAGUUCCAACUCUCACCCCCUAAAACCGAUAUAAGCAUCGUGGUUUCUGACUACUCCCAGAUGGACAGGAUUUUGAAGGAGGAGAGAAACUAUAUUCUGGGGAUGAUCAAGAAGAUCAAAGCCACGGGCUGCAACGUGUUGCUGAUACAGAAGAGCAUCUCGAGAGAUGCCGUCACAGACUUGUCGCUGCACUAUUUGGCAAAGGCCAAGAUUUUGGUCAUUCGAGACAUAGAGAGGGACGAGAUUGAGUUCAUCACAAAGACCUUGAAUUGUCUGCCCAUAUCGAACAUCGAGCAUUUUCGUGUAGAGAAGUUGGGAUAUGCAGAUUUGGUGGAAGAGGUUCCACUUGGAGGUGGCGGGAAGGUCGUGAAGAUUACAGGGAUAAAGGAGAUGGGGAGGACAAUGAGCAUUCUUGUCCGCGGUUCGAACCAUUUGGUGCUCGAUGAGGCCGAGAGGAGCUUGCUCGAUGCUUUGUGUGUUGUGAGGUGUUUGGUGAACAAAAGGUUUAUGAUUGCAGAUGGUGGGGCCCCUGAGAUUGAGCUGUCAAGGCAGCUGGGCGCGUGGGGAAAGGUGGUGCAGGGAAUGGAAGGGUAUUCCUUUGCUGGUGAGCACGAGCGCGAUUACUCUGGCUACGGAGUGUGUUGGCAUGAUUUGGAGAUUGACGACAUUGUUACGAUGAGUUGGCCUGUUCCAAAGUAG